GCAGCCAGCUUGCCACAACUCCCCGAGAUCUCGCAGGUGGCAGCUGCCUCCUCCAGACAGGCAUCUCCACCAUGACAAACCUGAGCGCCCAAGUCAAAGGCUCCCUCAACAUCACCACUCCAGGGGUGCAGAUAUGGAGGAUCGAGGCCAUGCAGAUGGUGCCCCUGCCGUCCAGCACCUACGGGAGCUUCUUCGAUGGUGACUGCUAUGUGCUCCUGGCUAUCCACAAGACAGGCAGCAACCUGUCCUAUGACAUCCACUACUGGAUUGGCAAGGACUCCUCUCAGGAUGAGCAGGGGGCGGCUGCCAUCUACACGACGCAGAUGGAUGACUUCCUGAAGGGCCGGGCUGUCCAGCACCGUGAGGUCCAGGGCAACGAGAGCGAGGCCUUCCGAGGCUACUUCAAGCAGGGCCUUGUGAUCCGGAAAGGGGGUGUGGCUUCUGGCAUGAAGAAGGUGGAGACCAACUCCUAUGAUGUCCAGCGGCUGCUGCAUGUCAAGGGCAAGAGGAACGUGGUGGCCGGAGAGGUGGAGAUGUCUUGGAAUAGUUUCAACCGAGGUGAUGUUUUCCUCCUGGACCUUGGAAAGCUUAUCAUCCAGUGGAAUGGGCCAGAGAGUAACCACAUGGAGAGACUCAGGGGCAUGAACCUAGCCAAGGAGAUCCGAGACCAGGAGCGGGGAGGGCGCAGCUACGUGGGCGUGGUGGACGGGGAGAACGAGUCAGCCACCCCGCAGCUGAUGGAGGUGAUGAACCAUGUGCUGGGCCGGCGCAGGGAGCUGAAGGCAGCUAUGCCCGACACGGUGGUGGAGCCGGCACUCAAGGCGGCCCUCAAGUUGUACCAUUUGUCUGACUCAGAGGGAAAACUGGUGGUUAGGGAGGUUGCCACUCGGCCACUCACACAGGACCUGCUAAGCCAUGAGGACUGUUAUAUCCUGGACCAGGGGGGCCUGAAGAUCUACGUGUGGAAAGGGAAAGCAGCCAAUGCAGAGGAGAAGAAGGGCGCCAUGAACCAGGCCCUGAACUUCAUCAAAGCCAAGCAGUACCCACCAAGCACUCAGGUGGAGGUGCAGAAUGAUGGGGCCGAGUCAGCCGUCUUCCAGCAGCUCUUCCAGAAGUGGACAGUGCCCAAUAAGAGCUCAGGCCUGGGCAAAACCUACACCGUGGGCUCCGUGGCCAAAGUGGAGCAGGUGAAGUUUGAUGCCACGUCCAUGCACGUGCAGCCUCAGGUGGCCGCCCAGCAGAAAAUGGUGGAUGACGGGAGCGGGGAGGUGCAGGUGUGGCGCAUUGAAGACCUCGAGCUGGUGCCCGUGGAUUCCAAGUGGUUAGGCCACUUCUAUGGGGGAGACUGCUACCUGCUGCUCUACACUUACCUCAUCGGCGAGAAGCAGCACUACCUGCUCUACAUCUGGCAGGGCAGCCAGGCCAGCCAGGAUGAAAUCGCAGCCUCAGCCUAUCAAGCUGUCAUCUUGGACCAGAAGUAUAAUGAUGAGCCGGUCCAGAUCCGGGUCCCGAUGGGCAAGGAGCCACCCCACCUCAUGUCCAUCUUCAAGGGACGCAUGGUGGUCUACCAGGGAGGCACCUCCCGGGCCAACAACUUGGAGCCUGUACCCUCCACGAGGUUGUUCCAGGUCCAGGGAACCACUGCCAACAACACCAAGGCCUUUGAGGUCCCAGCCCGGGCCACCUCCCUCAACUCCAAUGAUGUCUUCAUCCUGAAGACCCCAUCCUGUUGCUAUCUGUGGUGUGGAAAGGGCUGCAGUGGGGAUGAACGGGAGAUGGCCAAGAUGGUUGCUGACACCAUUUCCCGGACAGAGAAGCAAGUGGUGGUAGAAGGGCAAGAACCAGCUAACUUCUGGAUGGCCUUGGGUGGGAAGGCACCCUAUGCCAAUACCAAGAGACUACAGGAGGAAACCCUGGCCAUCACCCCCCGGCUCUUUGAAUGCUCCAACCAGACUGGGCGCUUCCUGGCCACGGAGAUCCCAGACUUCAAUCAGGACGACUUGGAGGAAGAUGAUGUGUUCCUACUGGAUGUCUGGGACCAGGUCUUCUUCUGGAUAGGGAAGCAUGCCAACGAGGAGGAGAAGAAGGCGGCGGCCGUCACCGUGCAAGAGUACCUCAAGACCCAUCCCAGUGGCCGCGACCUUGAGACCCCCAUCAUUGUGGUGAAGCAGGGACAUGAGCCCCCCACCUUCACAGGCUGGUUCCUGGCGUGGGAUCCCUUCAAGUGGAGUAAUACCAAAUCCUAUGAGGAACUGAAGGCAGAGCUUGCGAACUCUGGGGACUGGAGCCAGAUCACUGCUGAGGUCACAAGCCCCAAAUUGGACAUGUUCAAUGCCAACACCAGCAUCAGUUCUGGACCACUGCCCAUCUUUCCCCUGGAGCAGCUGGUGAACAAGCCUGUGGAGGAGCUCCCUGAAGGUGUGGACCCCAGCAGGAAGGAGGAGCACCUGUCCAUUGAUGACUUCACCAAGGCCCUGGGGAUGACACCAGCUGCAUUCUCUGCCCUGCCUCGAUGGAAGCAACAAAAUCUCAAGAAAGAAAAAGGACUAUUUUGAGAAGCAGGAGUAGUUGCUGUAAAGCAGCACACUCCCCUGCUUGUGAGGCUUUGUUUGUCAUUACUGGUUUUAGUCCUAUGCCAAUUGAAAUUGCCAUGUGAGCAGCAGUUUGUGGCAAUGGCACUUUUGUUUAGUAACCUAUUCAUUCAGAAAGAUGCCACCUCCCCAAGGAGGCUGUGAUCAGACAAAGGUGGUCAGACUGUUUUUAUCCCAGGGCAUUUUAUCACUUUUAAUCAUCUUUUUCUAGGCCUUUCCAGAGAGGAGCAGCCAAACACUCCAUGCAACCAACACGGGUGUAUUGUGGCACCGCCCCAGGUGUUUUCCUAGCAUGACUCACUUUUAUCUACAGCAGGUGGGCUGAGGCACCUUGCAGUUUUCUCUCCUUCCCAUCGCAGUGACUUCUUUUCACAUACUUUCCUCACUGCCUUCCUCAGGCCAUAAAUUAAAGGCACUUUCUUCUUUUAAGAAGAGCUGAAUGGCCAAGGAGAAUGCCCUCUUGGGGGUUUCACAAUACUGACUGGCACCCAGUGAGAGCUGAACACACACUGGGUCUAGGAAAGUAUGAAACGCAAAUACUACUUCAACCCACCUGCUGGUACUCUAAUAAGGCAAAGGAAAGGCUUGGCUAAGGCCAGUGCUAUAAACUGUUAGCCAGAAGCCUCUGCAAAGCUUCCUAGGUUCCUUGGAUGAAAAGCACAGGAAUUCAGUGGUGACUAUGGCCAGGCAUUGGUUUGCUGCAUGAAGUCCAAAUUGGAAAGCCAACAGAAGGCGAUUGCCCACAAUUUCAAAUUAGUUAUAAAAGUGUCUGCAAAAAAUGUGCCCCUUUUAGAAAUAACAGUCAAACCAACAGAAGGUUAAUAAAGGCUUUAAUUUCACACACACAAAAAAACUCUAUAUAUAAUUUAAAAAGGAAACAAAAACAAAGGAAAAACCGUAAAGGAUACAGAGGGAACAGUUCUGCUAAAACACAGAUAAAGUGCCGCUCCACACAAAACAUCAGAAUCAAAAGUCACUCUGAACACAAAGAAAAAAACCCACCUCACAAAUAAUGUGGCCAAAGCUGCCAGCAAACCUGGGAGUGGCUCAAUUAGGCAAAGUGUAGGAACCUCCCUUCUGUUUUCUUCUCCCUAAGCAUAAAGAAACACCUAUAAUAGGCCAGGGAAGUUGGGGAGGGACAGGAGCUCUCAGAAGGAGGGAAACCUGGGGGUGAGAGCUGUGCACACCCAUGCGUGCUCUCCCUCUUUGCCUGCUGUUUUAGAAAUAGACCAGUUCAGUCAACUGAUUUUUUUGUUCUAGCAUUUGACCUGAUGAACUUGAAUCCUGAUCCAGAUCCUCAUUCCCUCUCUGCUGAUGCCAGUGGACAUAACUAUACUUCAAAAUCUCUGUACUUUAAGAAAAGUCCAAUGUCACUAAAAUCAAAUGCUUAUUCAUUACUGGCACACUUUUGAUUGAAACUUCAAAAUCUCAGACACAUAGCACACGUGGAAAGGAAACAACUUACUAAUUGUGUUUAAAUAUAACAAAAGUGACUGUUUGAAGCCUGGUAAUCAAAGCAUGCCAUAAAGGAGUCAAUGAUUGGGGUAACACACAGCAAAGUAAUUGUCACGAAACUCUCAAGGCCUAACAAACUAUAGUUUCCCAAUAAAAUAUAUGUAUUCUUCAGAUGUUAAUAAGACAUACCAAGGGAGAGAAAGAUGUUAGAAGGCAGAAAUCUUUUAGUUUGGGUACAUUUUUGCGAGAGUAUUACUUGGUAUAAAGAAAAAUGAGAAGGAAAAGAACAUAUCCAUUUACUGAGAUGCUUUUUAUGACUUGCAUCUGGUGCUGGGUUGCUGAUUUUUCUAAAAAUCUCCCUACACAUGCAAGCUCCACAUCUUGGAAAUUGAGCUGUUUCCCUGAUUUAAAGCAGAAAUCUGUCUCAGGGGUCAAGUAAAUCAAAUAAAAGGGUUGAGGGGGAGGCUGGAUAACUAAGAGCAUCCACUGCAGUCACUUCAGAGGACAGAGAAGGAGGAGGAGAACAUUUUCAUACCCUCUUUUCAGUGUAUCACAAAUGAGUUUACAAAUUACUUUUUUUCUCUUCAGGUGAAUUUCAUUAUACAACUCUCUCUGUAGGUGCAUGUGUGUGGUUACAUAAUAGUAACUGCAGUAUGGAAGGAUAAAUAAAUUCAUAGAUUACAUUGCA